CGCGGUCAGCGCUGGCGCCGCAGGAAAGUUUGCGGCGGGGCCGGGCCGGGAUGGACGCGCUCAAGUCCGCGGGUCGGGCCCUGCUGAGGAGCCCCAGCGUCCACAAACCCUCGUGGGCCGGCGGGCGGCACAAGAAGCUGCCCGAGAACUGGACGGACACGCGGGAGACGCUGCUGGAGGGGAUGCUCUUCAGCCUCAAGUACAUGGGCAUGACCCUGGUGGAGCAGCCCAAGGGAGAGGAGCUCUCUGCAGCCGCUGUCAAAAGGAUCGUGGCCACCGCAAAAGCAAGUGGGAAGAAACUGCAGAAGGUGACUCUGAAGGUGUCGCCCCGAGGGAUCGUCCUGAACGACAGCAGCACCAACGAGCUCAUCGAGAACAUCUCCAUUUACAGGAUUUCCUACUGCACGGCAGACAAGACCCACGAUAAAGUGUUUGCCUACAUUGCCCAGAACCAGCUCAAUGAGAACCUGGAGUGCCACGCCUUCCUGUGCACCAAGCGGAAAAUGGCUCAGGCUGUCACCCUCACCGUGGCUCAGGCCUUCAAAAUCGCCUUCGAGUUCUGGCAGGCAGCAAAGGAAGAGAAGGAGAAGCGGGAAAGGUCCAUCCUGGAAGCAGAAGGGACGAGCAGCCCCGGCUCAGAAGCUCCUGCCCGUCCUGUCACACCAGCAGCCACAGGGAACUUGCUGGACUUUGAGGACCCUGCCAGAUCCCCCCUGGGCAGCAGCACAGAGUCCCCACAGCUGGACAACAGCGGCUUUGGGCCCAGCCCCUCGGUCAACAACAACGUGGUGUGGGAAAUGGAUGAUGGGCUCGAGGAGGCGUUUUCAAGACUGGCCCAGUCGAGGACGAACCCGCAGGUGCUGGACACGGGGCUGACGGCUCAGGACAUCCAGAGUGCAGAGACUCUGUCCCCUGUGGACUGGAACAAAAUCGACCCCGGCACGGCAGAGAAGGAUGAUCUGUUCAUGUUCUGAGGGCAGAGGCAUCCAAGAGAGGAAAACCACUCGGAGCCUGUGGCCUGGAUCGUGCUGUUCCGGGUGCUGUAACCGGGGAACCUUCGCAGGGCUCUCCAGCAGCUCAGAGGGUGUCACAGCCCAGUUUAGACCAAAGCUUCAGAAACCUAAUGCGGAUUUUUGUACCUUGCUUUUAUCUAAACCACGAGAUGCUCUUGGAGGUAUUUAUUCACAGUUUACAGGUGUUCCUGGGAGGUGUGGAGAGCAUCUGCAGCAGUGCCUGUCCCUGCCUGCAAACAGCCUGGGCACCACCAAAGCCCCUCCGUGAGCAGCCCCCAGCCAAGGGCUGCGGAGGCAAACGCAGCUCUGAGUGUUUCUAAUCCACGGAUUCGGGAACAACACAUCACCUGCCUGCCCAGGGAGGGGGUUUGCAGCAGCUGCUGGCAGUGUGAAAUCAGAGAGGGAGCAGAGCUGGAGCUUUUGUGUGAGUGUCUGUGGCACUCUCACAGCUGUCAGUCACCCCGCGCCUCCCGGCUCUCCACGUGGGAAUUGACGCUUUUUAACCCAAAGACUCUGCCAAGUUUUGCACUUUAAAACUCGAACUGAAAGCGAUGGUCCGAAUUGUCAAGGUAAGCAGUGCCUGGAACUUCUCCUCAGAAGCUAUUUACCCAAAAAGAACCCACCCUGGCAAUGCUGCAGCUCAAAGCUGACCCCUCACCUCUGACCGACUCGAGAUCCUAAAGCUCCGUUGGCUUUAAAAG